AUAUUGCUGUCGAAGGUAGGUAUCUCGAAGCGUGGGCCAGGGCUCACUCGAAAAAUGAUGUCGUUGUUCACCAACACGAGAUUCGAACGAGGGUGGACGCCCAGGGCUGCGGCGUAGAUAUCGAGGCUUGCUUCACAACAACGGAUUCGUCUCGAGCUUUCCAGUCCAUCACGCACGUCCUUUCGCGCGAAUACACGCAAAACUUCGUCAUGUCUUCAUCAAUGGAUGCGAAGAAAGAAAUUGAGGAAGCCGCCUUGCACUUGCUGCAGAUGGCAGACUACUACUGGGCAACAGCAGGCUCAGACAGGGGGGAUGAGAGCGAAGAAGACAAGACGGAGGACGCAGUUCAGGCAUCUACCACUCAGCCAGAUCUCGACGCUCAGUCUCCUUCCCCUGACGGAGAUAAGGCCGGUAACGACACCAUAAGCCCUCAAUCGUCAUCUGUUACCGUUCCCAGCACCCAAUCCGCUACGACAAGCGGUUAUCUCCAUCAAUCAGUACGCGGUGUUUCACUCACAGCCUUGGCCGCACAACAACAAGCCAUCCAGCAAACGCGUGCCGCCAUGACGCGCCAGCAGCGCGCUACCUUGAAGCUCCGCCCGUACGAUGAUCUGGACGCUGCAGGCACAAAAGUCGGCACUCUCUGGCAGACACCCGCAGAACGACGUUCCUAUCGUCAGACUCAGCGAAGAAGAGGCGCCAAUCUUGUUCGCCCUGGCACCACCACGGGUCAGACAUUCCCCGAUCGCAGACGCGGCACUGCUCGUGGUCGAGUAUCUCAACAAUGAGAUGUUGUCUUACUCCACUGAGACAUCUUGCGAAUGAAGCACCUCUUCUGUACCAUCAUCCUUGUCCUUUCCCGCACCUUCAAUCAAGUUCCAUGUCAGAUCGUCAAAAAUCAUUAAAAACCAUCAAAACAACAAAGUGCAAC